UGAAAAGAACAGACUCAGGAACAAAUCUUAGAAUUUCUGCUGAUUUGUGUAUUGUCAUAAUUGUCAUAUUGGAAUUUUGUAAUAAUAUAAAAAAAGACAUAAAAGACAAGUUCUUACGAUUUAAGCGACAAUAUAAAUCAUAAUUUGACAUUUGGAUUUUUCUUUUUUUCUCUAAAAUAUUUAUUAAUUUAAAAUGGUUAGUCAUUUUGGGGAGGUAAUAUUUCCAUCAUCGCGAGCAUUUUGGGAUGAUGAAGACGAAUAUGAAUCAGAUGAGAACUUGGAACAUUAUCUGAAAUUAAAUGUUUGCUGGCUAAAGAAGAAGCCAGAACAUAUGCAAAAAUUCAUCAUAAUAGAGGGAGAGCCAUUAAUUCCUUUUGUAAAACAAUGCUUGUGUCAUAAUGCGGAAGAAGUAUGCAUCAUUGAAACUGAAGACCAUAAAAAAGUUUCUGUCAUCUAUCAUAUUGAUAAACAAAUAUAUUUGUGUAUAGUUUUACCACACUUUGAUACAAAAAAUGCAGGGACACUUGUAAACCAGAUAUCUGAUUUAUUAUCAAGUACAGAGAGUACAAUUUCAAUAGUGUGCCGUCAUGUAUCACAGUUUCAAAGUACAAAUAUUCCAGAAACACCAUCAUUUUUAAGAAUAUUGGCUACCAAAAAUGCAAAUGUUGCAAAGUAUAAAAUUGAACCAUUGGAACAACCAAAUAUUGUAUUUGGAGUUGGAGCAGGAGUUUUAUCUUAUGCUGAAUUCAAAGGCAUAUCGGCCAAAUUAUAUGUAUUAUAUAUUGAUAAUUUUGUACUGGAUUCCAAGUGUGCAGAACCACUCUUACAAAUUUUAACUAAUGAAACAGAUUGUAAAUUACAGUAUCCUAAGUUUACAGAAAAUUUUUUUAGUAAAGGAAACCUUUACAUGUAAAGUGUUUUUUCUUUUUUUUUUUGUU